CAUCCCGCUUUUACUCUCUCUCCUCUUCUCUCUCAUCCACCUCAGCAUUUAGCUGGCUUACAGCCUACUAUAAUACUUGCUCUAAUGCCUAAUGCUAAAAGGGAAAAAGGCUGCCUAAACUGAACCGUCUACUAGUAAACACCAAACCAGCCAGGAGCAGCACCGAUGGGUUCCAUUGGUAAUGGCCGAAGUGACUCGGUGGUCGGCAUCCAGAUGCCACCGGCGGGGAGCAAGAUGGUGCUGGAGCCUGAGGCUCUUCAGGUGACCACAUCUCCGGUGCCAAGAUGGCCACGGCUGGGUGUGGUUAUGGUGGCAACCCGAGCUGUAGCCAUGGUGAUGGCACUGCUCUCGAUGUCGCUAAUGGUGUCCUCCAAGCAGCGAGGCAUUCUCACCAUCUUUGGCAUCGAGAUCCCGCUCGAUGCCAAUUGGUCCUUUUCUUAUUCCCUGCAAUUCUUGGUUGCGAUGUCUACAGCUUCAGCUGCCUACUCGCUGGCACAACUCCUCUUGAUUGCACACAAGGCCGUGAAGAAAUCCCCCAUUGUUCCUUCUAGACGCCACGCAUGGCUGCUUUUUGCCGGGGAUCAGGUGUUUUCGCUUGCAAUGAUGAGCGCUGGAUCCGCUGCGGCGGCGGUGGCCAAUCUGAACCGCACCGGCAUCCGGCACACGGCCCUCCCCAACUUCUGCAAGCCCCUGCCACGUUUCUGCGACCUCUCGGCGGUCUCCAUCGCGUGUGCCUUCCUCAGCUGCGUCUUCCUCGCGGCUUCCGCCGUCAUCGAUGUCAUCUGGUUGUCAAGUCCGUGAGGAGGUGUGAUCCGAUGCACCUCUGUGUGUACUCGUACUGUGUAUUCAACUGAACCCAUACCCUCCUGGAUGCUGAUGCGCCGCGUCACCUCAAUGUUGUCUGGGUUCACAAUCCUGCGAGAGUGCUGUACGUGUACCUGUAAGAUAGCUAUCGACUGAGCUCAAAAACAUGUUUAAGGCGAUGUAAUAUUACUACGCGCUGCUUGUUUGUACAGAUUAGAAUGACAUGGA